AUGGCCACGUCGCUAUCAAGCGAAUUAAAAAAGAUUUACUAUCAACAUCCUAAUCUCGUUCGAUUUCAUACUGCGUUGGUUGUUGAUAAGCACCUGUGCAUAGUUAUGGAGCUUGUAGCAAAUGGCAGUUUAAGAAUAAUGCUGAAAAAUGAGGGUGGAAAUCUGGAUUAUAAAAUCAGAUUAAAUAUUUGCAAAGGCAUAGCCAAAGGAAUCAAUUAUCUUCAUACAGCAUAUAGCACACAUCUAGUACACAGAGACAUAAAAACCGAUAACGUAUUGCUUACGGAAGACUACACGGCUAAAAUAUGCGAUUUUGGUCUUGGAAAAAUAUUAUGUCAAAAAUUUAAUAGCGAAACCGUUAUAACUAGCCACAUAUGUGGAACUGAAGCAUAUUUACCUCCAGAAGCUCUCCAAGGAAAAGUAUCACGUCGUCUUGAUAUCUAUAGCUACGGAGUUGUAUUACUUGAGAUUCUAUCGGGAAAAUCACCUCUUUACAAUGGUAGUGAAAAAUGUCGUUUCUUGGUUGGUCUAUUUCAUCUUCACUAUAAUCACAAUAGAACCGCGUUUCCAAUCGAUGAAACUGCCAAUUGGCCUAAUGAUUAUAAAAGGGGAUUAAUGGAGUUAGCCAAAUGGUGUCUAAAGACUAAAUAUAGAAAGAGACCUUUGAUGAAUCAGGUCGGUAGCAAGAAUAGCUUAAUUAUUAUACGGAAUAAUUUCCCCUGCUGUGCUUCUUACAUUAUAAAAGCGCUAAUAUUGCAUCUACCUCGUUAG